GACGAAUACUUUCCGUAGUUGCACGAUAUUUGAAAUUGUUAUUCAGUUACCCAACUGAGCAAUUAUCAUGAGUGACAGUGGCACGGAUUGUGGUGAAGGUGAAGAAGUGCUUUUGGAUAACUCCAGUUCACCGAAAGCACUCUGUGAUGAACUGAGUGCCAUCGUCAUUGAUGAUGGACAGUCACAUAAUGGCUCUCAGUCACUAAAACCUGAUUCCUCAGGAAGACAAAGGCACAAUUCUGUAUGUUCACCAAGCAGAAAACGUCCUGAUAAACGGAGGCGGUCACGUUCGCUACAUAUGAACAAAUCAAAUGAGUCGCUAUAUGAAAAGAAGCCUCCACAGAAGAAAUUUGUUAGUAUGGCAGAAGCUAUGUACAAAUUUGAGAGAAGUACACCAGAGAGAUUCCAUACAAGGCCUGUUAUAGAUGGUUCACAGAGGUGGCAAGGUAGCCAGAUAAAUCCAUCUUACAAGAAAUUACGCUGUACUGUGCCACAGUCACCUAACUUCACUUCCCAUUUACGUGUCAGACCAGUAACUUACCCAUCAAAAGAGGAACGGGAGGAAGCUGAAUUGCAGCAAAUGCAAAAGUACAUCUUCAAGGCAGCACCAUUGAAAGCAGACAUCUUAAAGGAACCACAAUUACUUAAGAAAGUUGAGCCAAAACCAGUGACAAAACCUAGUCCAUUUAACUUGACUGAAGUAAAGAAGUUGACAGGUGGUGCAAAACUUGCUGACACAUCUCAAACGGUGCAUACUAAAAUGAAUACACUUCCAGAUGAAAAACAGCCUAUAGAAUCUGAUGAACAUAAUACUAUUCAUCCUGCAUGGGAGAAAAAAGUGGCAGAAGUAAUAAUUAACAAUGAUAAUGAGCAGAAAGGGGUAAAGAAAGCAACACCUACAAAGCGUGUAACAGUAAUUGCACCAUUCACAUUUGAGGAGAGGGACAAGAUACGACAGCAACAGAAAGAAGAAAAAAUAAGGCAGUUUUUAGAAGAGGAGAAAAGAGCUCGGGAAUUCCAUGCAAAGCCAAUACCCAAAUCAGUAAAAUGCCCAGUCUCACAAUUGGAAUUAAAAUCCCACUCCCAUACACAGCCUGAACCUUUCCAUUUGUAUACAGAGGAAAGAAGACGACUGCAUGAAGAAGCGCAGAAGGCUAAACUUGAAGAAGAACGUCGAGCAGCAGCAGAAGCAGCACGGUUUAAAGCCAGGCCUCCUGUUGUCCUCUUGAAAAAACCAUUUGAACCAGUGAAGCCACACCGUGUAUUGAAGGAAAUAACGGAUGUAUGCUUAAAUACUGAAAUUCGUUCAAAAGAACGUGAGAGAUUUGAAAUGAAAAUGAAAGAAAAGGAAGUACUUGUGGAGGAACACAGGAGACAAUUAAAAGAGGAGCAGGAAAGAGAGGAAGAGGAAGAAAGAGCAAGGCUACGCAGGGAGGCCAUACAUAAGGCCCAACCCAUUCCCAAAUAUGCCCCCAUUGUAGUUUCAAAAUCUACAAAAGAACUGACUAUACCAGAAUCGCCAUUUUCGAGAACUAAGUCAAAUAAACAAUGACUAAGGUUUUUCGACUGACACUGCUGCUUUACAUUUGUAUUUAUUAUUUUUUGACAUGGUUUAGAACUAAUUAUUAAUAAUUUUAAAGAUACAUUUACUGAAGUUUGUUUUAUAGUGAAAUGUCACUGGUUAUCUGUAUGAUUAGAAUCUCUCUUUCACAUUUGUUAGGGAAAGUAAAGAUAUCAAAUCAUGGAAGACUUUAUAAUCAUUGUUAUAGCUUCAUGACAAAAAAUCUCAUGUGGUAUGUACUUUAUAGUCAUUCUAGAUGACCACAUGUGCAUUCAACAUGAGUUUUUUAAGAGCUAAGACAAGGAAACAGGCUAAGAUUUUGACUUCACAGCAUAAUGUUAUAUUUGUAUUACUUUUAUUUUUGACA